AUGCCCACAAGAAGCCCAGAAAUGGCUACAGUGCCUCCAGAUAUCCCUUUGGAGAGAAUAAUCAGCCCAACUACCUCACAACUGCCAUCCACUGUACACCACACUAUAAGCAGGGUCACACCUACUGCAGUGGUAAGUAGCUCUAGAGUAAUUUUAUCAGGGAAGCCAGAUCUUGCCAUCAAAGAAUCAGAGAAGAGUUCUUCCCAGCUUCCUGCUACAACUUCUGCAGAUCCAGAACAUGUGUCCAGACCAGAAGCAAAAACUUUUGAACAGGUUUUUUACACGGAGAGAACUCCAGAUUCAGCUUUCCAGAGUCAAGGGCUAAGGACUCCCUCAAACUUAGAGAUAGUUCAACCUUCUACACACACAGGUAAGACAAGAGUAUGGAUCACAACAUCUGAAUAUAAUACUCAUUUCAUUGACCGACCCGCAAUGAAGCAAACCUUCAAAAACACAAAUGAAAACAUACUCCCCAAAAGGGGACCCAAGAAUGUGUCCAAGACACAUCCUCCCUCUGAGGAGACAAGCAGCUCGUCCUCCGUGCAAUCGGCCCCCAGCACAGCCUCCCCGUCCCCAGUUGCUCCUACAACACGAGAGAGCGCGUCCUCCCCUCCUCCUCUCGUCACCUCCGUCUGGACCUCUGGCCUGCUGCCGGCCACUGACGCCUUGGGCACAAGCGUGGAUCCCGGAGCCCGUUCCACUGCACAUGUGAGCGAGAGCACAGCGCGGAGCCUGGACUCCUCUGCAGCCUCCACAGGCACAGAGGCAGUUCACCUUCCCGGACACACAGCUGAGACCAGCGCGGGGACCACCCGGUCAGGACAGGAAACACCUUCCUCUGUGCCAGGUGAGUCAGCGCCCCCCGAAGUGACUUCUCCAGUGGCGACCCCUUCCGUCACGAGGGAAAGCAGAGUUUCCGCAGCAGUGCCCGGCUCUUCGGAAACCACUUGGUCUGAGGCAGAGUCAGCAUCCUCCACGAGCCCCGGCCUGAGGGAGGCCAGCACCUCCCAGCCCAUGAGCUCAGCCGCGGAGACAAUGCCCGUCUCUUCCCACGCGCCCACUGGUGAUGGUGCUACGGAGGUCUCCGGGACAGAAGGCAUGUCCUCCAGCGGGACAGUCUCCUCUGGCCCGGCUCAGUCCACCAUGACACCAGACAUCUCCACAGGCAUGCCGGGGCUCUCGACCUCCCCAGUCAUGACAGAAGCCGCCGAAGGGACCCUCACCACGCCAAGUGGUCACCCUGGGGCUACGUCGCCGGGCACAACUGCCUUGGACACCUGGACCACCGCCUCCAGCCCAGGGACUCACGGGGCUGCCACUCAAGGUUUCACACACUCACCGGUGACGACUCCCGGGAGCAGGGGCCCGGAGCAUGUGUCCAGGACACGUCCUCCCUUUGAGGAGACAAGCAGCUCUUCCUCCGUGCAAUCGGCCCCCAGCACAGCCUCCCCGUCCCCAGGUGCUCCUACAACACGUGAGAGCACGCCCUUCCCUCCUCCUCUCGUCACCUCCGUCUGGACCUCUGGCCUGCUGCCGGCCACUGACGCCUUGGGCACAAGCGUGGAUCCCGGAGCCCGUUCCACUGCACAUGUGAGCGAGAGCACAGCGCGGAGCCUGGACUCCUCUGCAGCCUCCACAGGCACAGAGGCAGUUCACCUUCCCGGACACACAGCUGAGACCAGCGCGGGGACCACCCGGUCAGGACAGGAAACACCUUCCUCUGUGCCAGGUGAGUCAGCGCCCCCCGAAGUGACUUCUCCAGUGGCGACCCCUUCCGUCACGAGGGAAAGCAGAGUUUCCGCAGCAGUGCCCGGCUCUUCGGAAACCACUCGGUCUGAGGCAGAGUCAGCAUCCUCCACGAGCCCCGGCCUGAGGGAGGCCAGCACCUCCCAGCCCAUGAGCUCAGCCGCGGAGACAAUGCCCGUCUCUUCCCACGCGCCCACUGGUGAUGGUGCUACGGAGGUCUCCGGGACAGAAGGCAUGUCCUCCAGCGCGACAGUCUCCUCUGGCCCGGCUCAGUCCACCAUGACACCAGACAUCUCCACAGGCAUGCCGGGGCUCUCGACGUCCCCAGUCAUGACAGGAGCCGCCGAAGGGACCCUCACCACGCCAAGUGGUCACCCUGGGGCUACGUCGCCGGGCACAACUGCCUUGGACACCUGGACCACCGCCUCCAGCCCAGGGACUCACGGGGCUGCCACUCAAGGUUUCACACACUCACCGGUGACGACUCCCGGGAGCAGGGGCCCGGAGCAUGUGUCCAGGACACGUCCUCCCUUUGAGGAGACAAGCAGCUCUUCCUCCGUGCAAUCGGCCCCCAGCACAGCCUCCCCGUCCCCAGUUGCUCCUACAACACGAGAGAGUGAGUCAGCGCCCCCCGAAGUGACUUCUCCAGUGGCGACCCCUUCCGUCACGAGGGAAAGCAGAGUUUCCGCAGCAGUGCCCGGCUCUUUGGAAACCACUCGGUCUGAGGCAGAGUCAGCAUCCUCCACGAGCCCCGGCCUGAGGGAGGCCAGCACCUCCCAGCCCAUGAGCUCAGCCGCGGAGACAAUGCCCGUCUCUUCCCACGCGCCCACUGGUGAUGGUGCUACGGAGGUCUCCGGGACAGAAGGCAUGUCCUCCAGCGCGACAGUCUCCUCUGGCCCGGCUCAGUCCACCAUGACACCAGACAUCUCCACAGGCAUGCCCGGGCUCUCGACGUCCCCAGUCAUGACAGGAGCCGCCGAAGGGACCCUCACCACGCCAAGUGGUCACCCUGGGGCUACGUCGCCGGGCACAACUGCCUUGGACACCUGGACCACCGCCUCCAGCCCAGGGACUCACGGGGCUGCCACUCAAGGUUUCACACACUCACCGGUGACGACUCCCGGGAGCAGGGGCCCGGAGCAUGUGUCCAGGACACGUCCUCCCUUUGAGGAGACAAGCAGCUCUUCCUCCGUGCAAUCGGCCCCCCGCACAGCCUCCCCGUCCCCAGUUGCUCCUACAACACGAGAGAGCGCGUCCUCCCCUCCUCCUCUCGUCACCUCCGUCUGGACCUCUGGCCUGCUGCCGGCCACUGACGCCUUGGGCACAAGCGUGGAUCCCGGAGCCCGUUCCACUGCACAUGUGAGCGAGAGCACAGCGCGGAGCCUGGACUCCUCUGCAGCCUCCACAGGCACAGAGGCAGUUCACCUUCCCGGACACACAGCUGAGACCAGCGCGGGGACCACCAGGUCAGGACAGGAAACACCUUCCUCUGUGCCAGGUGAGUCAGCGCCCCCCGAAGUGACUUCUCCAGUGGCGACCCCUUCCGUCACGAGGGAAAGCAGAGUUUCCGCAGCAGUGCCCGGCUCUUCGGAAACCACUCGGUCUGAGGCAGAGUCAGCAUCCUCCACGAGCCCCGGCCUGAGGGAGGCCAGCACCUCCCAGCCCAUGAGCUCAGCCGCGGAGACAAUGCCCGUCUCUUCCCACGCGCCCACUGGUGAUGGUGCUACGGAGGUCUCCGGGACAGAAGGCAUGUCCUCCAGCGGGAUAGUCUCCUCUGGCCCGGCUCAGUCCACCAUGACACCAGACAUCUCCACAGGCAUGCCGGGGCUCUCGACGUCCCCAGUCAUGACAGGAGCCGCCGAAGGGACCCUCACCACGCCAAGUGGUCACCCUGGGGCUACGUCGCCGGGCACAACUGCCUUGGACACCUGGACCACCGCCUCCAGCCCAGGGACUCACGGGGCUGCCACUCAAGGUUUCACACACUCACCGGUGACGACUCCCGGGAGCAGGGGCCCGGAGCAUGUGUCCAGGACACGUCCUCCCUUUGAGGAGACAAGCAGCUCUUCCUCCGUGCAAUCGGCCCCCAGCACAGCCUCCCCGUCCCCAGUUGCUCUUACAACACGAGAGAGCGCGUCCUCCCCUCCUCCUCUCGUCACCUCCGUCUGGACCUCUGGCCUGCUGCCGGCCACUGACGCCUUGGGCACAAGCGUGGAUCCCGGAGCCCGUUCCACUGCACAUGUGAGCGAGAGCACAGCGCGGAGCCUGGACUCCUCUGCAGCCUCCACAGGCACAGAGGCAGUUCACCUUCCCGGACACACAGCUGAGACCAGCGCGGGGACCACCAGGUCAGGACAGGAAACACCUUCCUCUGUGCCAGGUGAGUCAGCGCCCCCCGAAGUGACUUCUCCAGUGGCGACCCCUUCCGUCACGAGGGAAAGCAGAGUUUCCGCAGCAGUGCCCGGCUCUUCGGAAACCACUUGGUCUGAGGCAGAGUCAGCAUCCUCCACGAGCCCCGGCCUGAGGGAGGCCAGCUCCUCCCAGCCCAUGAGCUCAGCCGCGGAGACAAUGCCCGUCUCUUCCCACGCGCCCACUCGUGAUGGUGCCACGGAGGUCUCCGGGACAGAAGGCAUGUCCUCCAGCGGGACAGUCUCCUCUGGCCCGGCUCAGUCCACCAUGACACCAGACAUCUCCACAGGCAUGCCGGGGCUCUCGACCUCCCCAGUCAUGACAGGAGCCGCCGAAGGGACCCUCACCACGCCAAGUGGUCACCCUGGGGCUACGUCGCCGGGCACAACUGCCUUGGACACCUGGACCACCGCCUCCAGCCCAGGGACUCACGGGGCUGCCACUCAAGGUUUCACACACUCACCGGUGACGACUCCCGGGAGCAGGGGUCCGGAGCAUGUGUCCAGGACACGUCCUCCCUUUGAGGAGACAAGCAGCUCUUCCUCCGUGCAAUCGGCCCCCAGCACAGCCUCCCCGUCCCCAGUUGCUCCAACAACACGAGAGAGCGCGUCCUCCCCUCCUCCUCUCGUCACCUCCGUCUGGACCUCUGGCCUGCUGCCGGCCACUGACGCCUUGGGCACAAGCGUGGAUCCCGGAGCCCGUUCCACUGCACAUGUGAGCGAGAGCACAGCGCGGAGCCUGGACUCCUCUGCAGCCUCCACAGGCACAGAGGCAGUUCACCUUCCCGGACACACAGCUGAGACCAGCGCGGGGACCACCCGGUCAGGACAGGAAACACCUUCCUCUGUGCCAGGUGAGUCAGCGCCCCCCGAAGUGACUUCUCCAGUGGCGACCCCUUCCGUCACGAGGGAAAGCAGAGUUUCCGCAGCAGUGCCCGGCUCUUCGGAAACCACUCGGUCUGAGGCAGAGUCAGCAUCCUCCACGAGCCCCGGCCUGAGGGAGGCCAGCACCUCCCAGCCCAUGAGCUCAGCCGCGGAGACAAUGCCCGUCUCUUCCCACGCGCCCACUCGUGAUGGUGCCACGGAGGUCUCCGGGACAGAAGGCAUGUCCUCCAGCGGGACAGUCUCCUCUGGCCCGGCUCAGUCCACCAUGACACCAGACAUCUCCACAGGCAUGCCGGGGCUCUCGACCUCCCCAGUCAUGACAGGAGCCGCCGAAGGGACCCUCACCACGCCAAGUGGUCACCCUGGGGCUACGUCGCCGGGCACAACUGCCUUGGACACCUGGACCACCGCCUCCAGCCCAGGGACUCACGGGGCUGCCACUCAAGGUUUCACACACUCACCGGUGACGACUCCCGGGAGCAGGGGCCCGGAGCAUGUGUCCAGGACACGUCCUCCCUUUGAGGAGACAAGCAGCUCUUCCUCCGUGCAAUCGGCCCCCAGCACAGCCUCCCCGUCCCCAGUUGCUCCUACAACACGAGAGAGCGCGUCCUCCCCUCCUCCUCUCGUCACCUCCGUCUGGACCUCUGGCCUGCUGCCGGCCACUGACGCCUUGGGCACAAGCGUGGAUCCCGGAGCCCGUUCCACUGCACAUGUGAGCGAGAGCACAGCGCGGAGCCUGGACUCCUCUGCAGCCUCCACAGGCACAGAGGCAGUUCACCUUCCCGGACACACAGCUGAGACCAGCGCGGGGACCACCCGGUCAGGACAGGAAACACCUUCCUCUGUGCCAGGCAGAGUCAGCAUCCUCCACGAGCCCCGGCCUGAGGGAGGCCAGCACCUCCCAGCCCAUGAGCUCAGCCGCGGAGACAAUGCCCGUCUCUUCCCACGCGCCACUGGUGAUGGUGCCACGGAGGUCUCCGGGACAGAAGGCAUGUCCUCCAGCGGGACAGUCUCCUCUGGCCCGGCUCAGUCCACCAUGACACCAGACAUCUCCACAGGCAUGCCGGGGCUCUCGACGUCCCCAGUCAUGACAGGAGCCGCCGAAGGGACCCUCACCACGCCAAGUGGUCACCCUGGGGCUACGUCGCCGGGCACAACUGCCUUGGACACCUGGACCACCGCCUCCAGCCCAGGGACUCACGGGGCUGCCACUCAAGGUUUCACACACUCACCGGUGACGACUCCCGGGAGCAGGGGCCCGGAGCAUGUGUCCAGGACACGUCCUCCCUUUGAGGAGACAAGCAGCUCUUCCUCCGUGCAAUCGGCCCCCAGCACAGCCUCCCCGUCCCCAGUUGCUCUUACAACACGAGAGAGCGCGUCCUCCCCUCCUCCUCUCGUCACCUCCGUCUGGACCUCUGGCCUGCUGCCGGCCACUGACGCCUUGGGCACCAGCGUGGAUCCCGGAGCCCGUUCCACUGCACAUGUGAGCGAGAGCACAGCGCGGAGCCUGGACUCCUCUGCAGCCUCCACAGGCACAGAGGCAGUUCACCUUCCCGGACACACAGCUGAGACCAGCGCGGGGACCACCCGGUCAGGACAGGAAACACCUUCCUCUGUGCCAGGUGAGUCAGCGCCCCCCGAAGUGACUUCUCCAGUGGCGACCCCUUCCGUCACGAGGGAAAGCAGAGUUUCCGCAGCAGUGCCCGGCUCUUCGGAAACCACUUGGUCUGAGGCAGAGUCAGCAUCCUCCACGAGCCCCGGCCUGAGGGAGGCCAGCACCUCCCAGCCCAUGAGCUCAGCCGCGGAGACAAUGCCCGUCUCUUCCCACGCGCCCACUGGUGAUGGUGCUACGGAGGUCUCCGGGACAGAAGGCAUGUCCUCCAGCGGGACAGUCUCCUCUGGCCCGUCUCAGUCCACCAUGACACCAGACAUCUCCACAGGCAUGCCGGGGCUCUCGUCCUCCCCAGUCAUGACAGGAGCCGCCGAAGGGACCCUCACCACGCCAAGUGGUCACCCUGGGGCUACGUCGCCGGGCACAACUGCCUUGGACACCUGGACCACCGCCUCCAGCCCAGGGACUCACGGGGCUGCCACUCAAGGUUUCACACACUCACCGGUGACGACUCCCGGGAGCAGAGGCCCGGAGCAUGUGUCCAGGACACGUCCUCCCUUUGAGGAGACAAGCAGCUCUUCCUCCGUGCAAUCGGCCCCCAGCACAGCCUCCCCGUCCCCAGUUGCUCCUACAACACGAGAGAGCGCGUCCUCCCCUCCUCCUCUCGUCACCUCCGUCUGGACCUCUGGCCUGCUGCCGGCCACUGACGCCUUGGGCACAAGCGUGGAUCCCGGAGCCCGUUCCACUGCACAUGUGAGCGAGAGCACAGCGCGGAGCCUGGACUCCUCUGCAGCCUCCACAGGCACAGAGGCAGUUCACCUUCCCGGACACACAGCUGAGACCAGCGCGGGGACCACCAGGUCAGGACAGGAAACACCUUCCUCUGUGCCAGGUGAGUCAGCGCCCCCCGAAGUGACUUCUCCAGUGGCGACCCCUUCCGUCACGAGGGAAAGCAGAGUUUCCGCAGCAGUGCCCGGCUCUUCGGAAACCACUUGGUCUGAGGCAGAGUCAGCAUCCUCCACGAGCCCCGGCCUGAGGGAGGCCAGCACCUCCCAGCCCAUGAGCUCAGCCGCGGAGACAAUGCCCGUCUCUUCCCACGCGCCCACUGGUGAUGGUGCUACGGAGGUCUCCGGGACAGAAGGCAUGUCCUCCAGCGGGACAGUCUCCUCUGGCCCGGCUCAGUCCACCAUGACACCAGACAUCUCCACAGGCAUGCCGGGGCUCUCGACCUCCCCAGUCAUGACAGGAGCCGCCGAAGGGACCCUCACCACGCCAAGUGGUCACCCUGGGGCUACGUCGCCGGGCACAACUGCCUUGGACACCUGGACCACCGCCUCCAGCCCAGGGACUCACGGGGCUGCCACUCAAGGUUUCACACACUCACCGGUGACGACUCCCGGGAGCAGGGGCCCGGAGCAUGUGUCCAGGACACGUCCUCCCUUUGAGGAGACAAGCAGCUCUUCCUCCGUGCAAUCGGCCCCCAGCACAGCCUCCCCGUCCCCAGUUGCUCCUACAACACGAGAGAGCGCGUCCUCCCCUCCUCCUCUCGUCACCUCCGUCUGGACCUCUGGCCUGCUGCCGGCCACUGACGCCUUGGGCACAAGCGUGGAUCCCGGAGCCCGUUCCACUGCACAUGUGAGCGAGAGCACAGCGCGGAGCCUGGACUCCUCUGCAGCCUCCACAGGCACAGAGGCAGUUCACCUUCCCGGACACACAGCUGAGACCAGCGCGGGGACCACCCGGUCAGGACAGGAAACACCUUCCUCUGUGCCAGGUGAGUCAGCGCCCCCCGAAGUGACUUCUCCAGUGGCGACCCCUUCCGUCACGAGGGAAAGCAGAGUUUCCGCAGCAGUGCCCGGCUCUUCGGAAACCACUUGGUCUGAGGCAGAGUCAGCAUCCUCCACGAGCCCCGGCCUGAGGGAGGCCAGCACCUCCCAGCCCAUGAGCUCAGCCGCGGAGACAAUGCCCGUCUCUUCCCACGCGCCCACUCGUGAUGGUGCCACGGAGGUCUCCGGGACAGAAGGCAUGUCCUCCAGCGGGACAGUCUCCUCUGUCCCGGCUCAGUCCACCAUGACACCAGACAUCUCCACAGGCAUGCCGGGGCUCUCGUCCUCCCCAGUCAUGACAGGAGCCGCCGAAGGGACCCUCACCACGCCAAGUGGUCACCCUGGGGCUACGUCGCCGGGCACAACUGCCUUGGACACCUGGACCGCCGCCUCCAGCCCAGGGACUCACGGGGCUGCCACUCAAGGUUUCACACACUCACCGGUGACGACUCCCGGGAGCAGGGGCCCGGAGCAUGUGUCCAGGACACGUCCUCCCUUUGAGGAGACAAGCAGCUCUUCCUCCGUGCAAUCGGCCCCCAGCACAGCCUCCCCGUCCCCAGUUGCUCCUACAACACGAGAGAGCGCGUCCUCCCCUCCUCCUCUCGUCACCUCCGUCUGGACCUCUGGCCUGCUGCCGGCCACUGACGCCUUGGGCACAAGCGUGGAUCCCGGAGCCCGUUCCACUGCACAUGUGAGCGAGAGCACAGCGCGGAGCCUGGACUCCUCUGCAGCCUCCACAGGCACAGAGGCAGUUCACCUUCCCGGACACACAGCUGAGACCAGCGCGGGGACCACCCGGUCAGGACAGGAAACACCUUCCUCUGUGCCAGGUGAGUCAGCGCCCCCCGAAGUGACUUCUCCAGUGGCGACCCCUUCCGUCACGAGGGAAAGCAGAGUUUCCGCAGCAGUGCCCGGCUCUUCGGAAACCACUUGGUCUGAGGCAGAGUCAGCAUCCUCCACGAGCCCCGGCCUGAGGGAGGCCAGCACCUCCCAGCCCAUGAGCUCAGCCGCGGAGACAAUGCCCGUCUCUUCCCACGCGCCCACUGGUGAUGGUGCUACGGAGGUCUCCGGGACAGAAGGCAUGUCCUCCAGCGGGACAGUCUCCUCUGGCCCGGCUCAGUCCACCAUGACACCAGACAUCUCCACAGGCAUGCCGGGGCUCUCGACGUCCCCAGUCAUGACAGGAGCCGCGGAAGGGACCCUCACCACGCCAAGUGGUCACCCUGGGGCUACGUCGCCGGGCACAACUGCCUUGGACACCUGGACCACCGCCUCCAGCCCAGGGACUCACGGGGCUGCCACUCAAGGUUUCACACACUCACCGGUGCCGACUCCCGGGAGCAGGGGCCCGGAGCAUGUGUCCAGGACACGUCCUCCCUUUGAGGAGACAAGCAGCUCUUCCUCCGUGCAAUCGGCCCCCAGCACAGCCUCCCCGUCCCCAGUUGCUCUUACAACACGAGAGAGCGCGUCCUCCCCUCCUCCUCUCGUCACCUCCGUCUGGACCUCUGGCCUGCUGCCGGCCACUGACGCCUUGGGCACCAGCGUGGAUCCCGGAGACCGUUCCACUGCACAUGUGAGCGAGAGCACAGCGCGGAGCCUGGACUCCUCUGCAGCCUCCACAGGCACAGAGGCAGUUCACCUUCCCGGACACACAGCUGAGACCAGCGCGGGGACCACCCGGUCAGGACAGGAAACACCUUCCUCUGUGCCAGGUGAGUCAGCGCCCCCCGAAGUGACUUCUCCAGUGGCGACCCCUUCCGUCACGAGGGAAAGCAGAGUUUCCGCAGCAGUGCCCGGCUCUUCGGAAACCACUUGGUCUGAGGCAGAGUCAGCAUCCUCCACGAGCCCCGGCCUGAGGGAGGCCAGCACCUCCCAGCCCAUGAGCUCAGCCGCGGAGACAAUGCCCGUCUCUUCCCACGCGCCCACUCGUGAUGGUGCCACGGAGGUCUCCGGGACAGAAGGCAUGUCCUCCAGCGGGACAGUCUCCUCUGUCCCGGCUCAGUCCACCAUGACACCAGACAUCUCCACAGGCAUGCCGGGGCUCUCGUCCUCCCCAGUCAUGACAGUAGCCGCCGAAGGGACCCUCACCACGCCAAGUGGUCACCCUGGGGCUACGUCGCCGGGCACAACUGCCUUGGACACCUGGACCACCGCCUCCAGCCCAGGGACUCAAGGGGCUGCCACUCAAGGUUUCACACACUCACCGGUGACGACUCCCGGGAGCAGAGGCCCGGAGCAUGUGUCCAGGACACGUCCUCCCUUUGAGGAGACAAGCAGCUCUUCCUCCGUGCAAUCGGCCCCCAGCACAGCCUCCCCGUCCCCAGUUGCUCCUACAACACGAGAGAGCGCGUCCUCCCCUCCUCCUCUCGUCACCUCCGUCUGGACCUCUGGCCUGCUGCCGGCCACUGACGCCUUGGGCACAAGCGUGGAUCCCGGAGCCCGUUCCACUGCACAUGUGAGCGAGAGCACAGCGCGGAGCCUGGACUCCUCUGCAGCCUCCACAGGCACAGAGGCAGUUCACCUUCCCGGACACACAGCUGAGACCAGCGCGGGGACCACCAGGUCAGGACAGGAAACACCUUCCUCUGUGCCAGGUGAGUCAGCGCCCCCCGAAGUGACUUCUCCAGUGGCGACCCCUUCCGUCACGAGGGAAAGCAGAGUUUCCGCAGCAGUGCCCGGCUCUUCGGAAACCACUUGGUCUGAGGCAGAGUCAGCAUCCUCCACGAGCCCCGGCCUGAGGGAGGCCAGCACCUCCCAGCCCAUGAGCUCAGCCGCGGAGACAAUGCCCGUCUCUUCCCACGCGCCCACUCGUGAUGGUGCCACGGAGGUCUCCGGGACAGAAGGCAUGUCCUCCAGCGGGACAGUCUCCUCUGUCCCGGCUCAGUCCACCAUGACACCAGACAUCUCCACAGGCAUGCCGGGGCUCUCGACCUCCCCAGUCAUGACAGGAGCCGCCGAAGGGACCCUCACCACGCCAAGUGGUCACCCUGGGGCUACGUCGCCGGGCACAACUGCCUUGGACACCUGGACCACCGCCUCCAGCCCAGGGACUCACGGGGCUGCCACUCAAGGUUUCACACACUCACCGGUGACGACUCCCGGGAGCAGGGGCCCGGAGCAUGUGUCCAGGACACGUCCUCCCUUUGAGGAGACAAGCAGCUCUUCCUCCGUGCAAUCGGCCCCCAGCACAGCCUCCCCGUCCCCAGUUGCUCCUACAACACGAGAGAGCGCGUCCUCCCCUCCUCCUCUCGUCACCUCCGUCUGGACCUCUGGCCUGCUGCCGGCCACUGACGCCUUGGGCACAAGCGUGGAUCCCGGAGCCCGUUCCACUGCACAUGUGAGCGAGAGCACAGCGCGGAGCCUGGACUCCUCUGCAGCCUCCACAGGCACAGAGGCAGUUCACCUUCCCGGACACACAGCUGAGACCAGCGCGGGGACCACCCGGUCAGGACAGGAAACACCUUCCUCUGUGCCAGGUGAGUCAGCGCCCCCCGAAGUGACUUCUCCAGUGGCGACCCCUUCCGUCACGAGGGAAAGCAGAGUUUCCGCAGCAGUGCCCGGCUCUUCGGAAACCACUUGGUCUGAGGCAGAGUCAGCAUCCUCCACGAGCCCCGGCCUGAGGGAGGCCAGCACCUCCCAGCCCAUGAGCUCAGCCGCGGAGACAAUGCCCGUCUCUUCCCACGCGCCCACUCGUGAUGGUGCCACGGAGGUCUCCGGGACAGAAGGCAUGUCCUCCAGCGGGACAGUCUCCUCUGUCCCGGCUCAGUCCACCAUGACACCAGACAUCUCCACAGGCAUGCCGGGGCUCUCGACCUCCCCAGUCAUGACAGGAGCCGCCGAAGGGACCCUCACCACGCCAAGUGGUCACCCUGGGGCUACGUCGCCGGGCACAACUGCCUUGGACACCUGGACCACCGCCUCCAGCCCAGGGACUCACGGGGCUGCCACUCAAGGUUUCACACACUCACCGGUGACGACUCCCGGGAGCAGGGGCCCGGAGCAUGUGUCCAGGACACGUCCUCCCUUUGAGGAGACAAGCAGCUCUUCCUCCGUGCAAUCGGCCCCCAGCACAGCCUCCCCGUCCCCAGUUGCUCCUACAACACGAGAGAGCGCGUCCUCCCCUCCUCCUCUCGUCACCUCCGUCUGGACCUCUGGCCUGCUGCCGGCCACUGACGCCUUGGGCACAAGCGUGGAUCCCGGAGCCCGUUCCACUGCACAUGUGAGCGAGAGCACAGCGCGGAGCCUGGACUCCUCUGCAGCCUCCACAGGCACAGAGGCAGUUCACCUUCCCGGACACACAGCUGAGACCCGCGCGGGGACCACCCGGUCAGGACAGGAAACACCUUCCUCUGUGCCAGGUGAGUCAGCGCCCCCCGAAGUGACUUCUCCAGUGGCGACCCCUUCCGUCACGAGGGAAAGCAGAGUUUCCGCAGCAGUGCCCGGCUCUUCGGAAACCACUUGGUCUGAGGCAGAGUCAGCAUCCUCCACGAGCCCCGGCCUGAGGGAGGCCAGCACCUCCCAGCCCAUGAGCUCAGCCGCGGAGACAAUGCCCGUCUCUUCCCACGCGCCCACUGGUGAUGGUGCUACGGAGGUCUCCGGGACAGAAGGCAUGUCCUCCAGCGGGACAGUCUCCUCUGGCCCGGCUCAGUCCACCAUGACACCAGACAUCUCCACAGGCAUGCCGGGGCUCUCGUCCUCCCCAGUCAUGACAGUAGCCGCCGAAGGGACCCUCACCACGCCAAGUGGUCACCCUGGGGCUACGUCGCCGGGCACAACUGCCUUGGACACCUGGACCACCGCCUCCAGCCCAGGGACUCACGGGGCUGCCACUCAAGGUUUCACACACUCACCGGUGACGACUCCCGGGAGCAGGGGCCCGGAGCAUGUGUCCAGGACACGUCCUCCCUUUGAGGAGACAAGCAGCUCUUCCUCCGUGCAAUCGGCCCCCAGCACAGCCUCCCCGUCCCCAGUUGCUCCUACAACACGAGAGAGCGCGUCCUCCCCUCCUCCUCUCGUCACCUUCGUCUGGACCUCUGGCCUGCUGCCGGCCACUGACGCCUUGGGCACAAGCGUGGAUCCCGGAGCCCGUUCCACUGCACAUGUGAGCGAGAGCACAGCGCGGAGCCUGGACUCCUCUGCAGCCUCCACAGGCACAGAGGCAGUUCACCUUCCCGGACACACAGCUGAGACCAGCGCGGGGACCACCCGGUCAGGACAGGAAACACCUUCCUCUGUGCCAGGUGAGUCAGCGCCCCCCGAAGUGACUUCUCCAGUGGCGACCCCUUCCGUCACGAGGGAAAGCAGAGUUUCCGCAGCAGUGCCCGGCUCUUCGGAAACCACUUGGUCUGAGGCAGAGUCAGCAUCCUCCACGAGCCCCGGCCUGAGGGAGGCCAGCACCUCCCAGCCCAUGAGCUCAGCCGCGGAGACAAUGCCCGUCUCUUCCCACGCGCCCACUGGUGAUGGUGCUACGGAGGUCUCCGGGACAGAAGGCAUGUCCUCCAGCGGGACAGUCUCCUCUGUCCCGGCUCAGUCCACCAUGACACCAGACAUCUCCACGGCAUGCCGGGGCUCUCGUACCUCCCCAGUCAUGACAGGAGCCGCCGAAGGGACCCUCACCACGCCAAGUGGUCACCCUGGGGCUACGUCGCCGGGCACAACUGCCUUGGACACCUGGACCACCGCCUCCAGCCCAGGGACUCAAGGGGCUGCCACUCAAGGUUUCACACACUCACCGGUGACGACUCCCGGGAGCAGAGGCCCGGAGCAUGUGUCCAGGACACGUCCUCCCUUUGAGGAGACAAGCGGCUCUUCCUCCGUGCAAUCGGCCCCCAGCACAGCCUCCCCGUCCCCAGUUGCUCCUACAACACGAGAGAGCGCGUCCUCCCCUCCUCCUCUCGUCACCUCCGUCUGGACCUCUGGCCUGCUGCCGGCCACUGACGCCUUGGGCACAAGCGUGGAUCCCGGAGCCCGUUCCACUGCACAUGUGAGCGAGAGCACAGCGCGGAGCCUGGACUCCUCUGCAGCCUCCACAGGCACAGAGGCAGUUCACCUUCCCGGACACACAGCUGAGACCAGCGCGGGGACCACCAGGUCAGGACAGGAAACACCUUCCUCUGUGCCAGGUGAGUCAGCGCCCCCCGAAGUGACUUCUCCAGUGGCGACCCCUUCCGUCACGAGGGAAAGCAGAGUUUCCGCAGCAGUGCCCGGCUCUUCGGAAACCACUUGGUCUGAGGCAGAGUCAGCAUCCUCCACGAGCCCCGGCCUGAGGGAGGCCAGCACCUCCCAGCCCAUGAGCUCAGCCGCGGAGACAAUGCCCGUCUCUUCCCACGCGCCCACUCGUGAUGGUGCCACGGAGGUCUCCGGGACAGAAGGCAUGUCCUCCAGCGGGACAGUCUCCUCUGUCCCGGCUCAGUCCACCAUGACACCAGACAUCUCCACAGGCAUGCCGGGGCUCUCGACCUCCCCAGUCAUGACAGGAGCCGCCGAAGGGACCCUCACCACGCCAAGUGGUCACCCUGGGGCUACGUCGCCGGGCACAACUGCCUUGGACACCUGGACCACCGCCUCCAGCCCAGGGACUCACGGGGCUGCCACUCAAGGUUUCACACACUCACCGGUGACGACUCCCGGGAGCAGGGGCCCGGAGCAUGUGUCCAGGACACGUCCUCCCUUUGAGGAGACAAGCAGCUCUUCCUCCGUGCAAUCGGCCCCCAGCACAGCCUCCCCGUCCCCAGUUGCUCCUACAACACGAGAGAGCGCGUCCUCCCCUCCUCCUCUCGUCACCUCCGUCUGGACCUCUGGCCUGCUGCCGGCCACUGACGCCUUGGGCACAAGCGUGGAUCCCGGAGCCCGUUCCACUGCACAUGUGAGCGAGAGCACAGCGCGGAGCCUGGACUCCUCUGCAGCCUCCACAGGCACAGAGGCAGUUCACCUUCCCGGACACACAGCUGAGACCAGCGCGGGGACCACCAGGUCAGGACAGGAAACACCUUCCUCUGUGCCAGGUGAGUCAGCGCCCCCCGAAGUGACUUCUCCAGUGGCGACCCCUUCCGUCACGAGGGAAAGCAGAGUUUCCGCAGCAGUGCCCGGCUCUUCGGAAACCACUUGGUCUGAGGCAGAGUCAGCAUCCUCCACGAGCCCCGGCCUGAGGGAGGCCAGCACCUCCCAGCCCAUGAGCUCAGCCGCGGAGACAAUGCCCGUCUCUUCCCACGCGCCCACUGGUGAUGGUGCUACGGAGGUCUCCGGGACAGAAGGCAUGUCCUCCAGCGGGACAGUCUCCUCUGGCCCGGCUCAGUCCACCAUGACACCAGACAUCUCCACAGGCAUGCCGGGGCUCUCGACGUCCCCAGUCAUGACAGGAGCCGCCGAAGGGACCCUCACCACGCCAAGUGGUCACCCUGGGGCUACGUCGCCGGGCACAACUGCCUUGGACACCUGGACCACCGCCUCCAGCCCAGGGACUCACGGGGCUGCCACUCAAGGUUUCACACACUCACCGGUGACGACUCCCGGGAGCAGAGGCCCGGAGCAUGUGUCCAGGACACGUCCUCCCUUUGAGGAGACAAGCAGCUCUUCCUCCGUGCAAUCGGCCCCCAGCACAGCCUCCCCGUCCCCAGUUGCUCCUACAACACGAGAGAGCGCGUCCUCCCCUCCUCCUCUCGUCACCUCCGUCUGGACCUCUGGCCUGCUGCCGGCCACUGACGCCUUGGGCACAAGCGUGGAUCCCGGAGCCCGUUCCACUGCACAUGUGAGCGAGAGCACAGCGCGGAGCCUGGACUCCUCUGCAGCCUCCACAGGCACAGAGGCAGUUCACCUUCCCGGACACACAGCUGAGACCAGCGCGGGGACCACCCGGUCAGGACAGGAAACACCUUCCUCUGUGCCAGGUGAGUCAGCGCCCCCCGAAGUGACUUCUCCAGUGGCGACCCCUUCCGUCACGAGGGAAAGCAGAGUUUCCGCAGCAGUGCCCGGCUCUUCGGAAACCACUUGGUCUGAGGCAGAGUCAGCAUCCUCCACGAGCCCCGGCCUGAGGGAGGCCAGCACCUCCCAGCCCAUGAGCUCAGCCGCGGAGACAAUGCCCGUCUCUUCCCACGCGCCCACUCGUGAUGGUGCCACGGAGGUCUCCGGGACAGAAGGCAUGUCCUCCAGCGGGACAGUCUCCUCUGUCCCGGCUCAGUCCACCAUGACACCAGACAUCUCCACAGGCAUGCCGGGGCUCUCGACGUCCCCAGUCAUGACAGGAGCCGCGGAAGGGACCCUCACCACGCCAAGUGGUCACCCUGGGGCUACGUCGCCGGGCACAACUGCCUUGGACACCUGGACCACCGCCUCCAGCCCAGGGACUCACGGGGCUGCCACUCAAGGUUUCACACACUCACCGGUGACGACUCCCGGGAGCAGGGGCCCGGAGCAUGUGUCCAGGACACGUCCUCCCUUUGAGGAGACAAGCAGCUCUUCCUCCGUGCAAUCGGCCCCCAGCACAGCCUCCCCGUCCCCAGUUGCUCCUACAACACGAGAGAGCGCGUCCUCCCCUCCUCCUCUCGUCACCUCCGUCUGGACCUCUGGCCUGCUGCCGGCCACUGACGCCUUGGGCACAAGCGUGGAUCCCGGAGCCUGUUCCACUGCACAUGUGAGCGAGAGCACAGCGCGGAGCCUGGACUCCUCUGCAGCCUCCACAGGCACAGAGGCAGUUCACCUUCCCGGACACACAGCUGAGACCAGCGCGAGGACCACCCGCUCAGGACAGGAAACACCUUCCUCUGUGCCAGGUGAGUCAGCGCCCCCCGAAGUGACUUCUCCAAUGGCGACCCCUUCCGUCACGAGGGAAAGCAGAGUUUCCGCAGCAGUGCCCGGCUCUUCGGAAACCACUUGGUCUGAGGCAGAGUCAGCAUCCUCCACGAGCCCCGGCCUGAGGGAGGCCAAAACCUCCCAGCCCAUGAGCUCAGCCGCGGAGACAAUGCCCGUCUAUUCCCACGAGCCCACUGGUGAUGGUGCUACGGAGGUCUCCGGGACAGAAGGCAUGUCCUCCAGCGGGACAGUCUCCUCUGGCCCGGCUCAGUCCACCAUGACACCAGACAUCUCCACAGGCAUGCCGGGGCUCUCGUCCUCCCCAGUCAUGACAGGAGCCGCCGAAGGGACCCUCACCACGCCAAGUGGUCACCCUGGGGCUACGUCGCCGGGCACAACUGCCUUGGACACCUGGACCACCGCCUCCAGCCCAGGGACUCACGGGGCUGCCACUCAAGGUUUCACACACUCACCGGUGACGACUCCCGGGAGCAGGGGCCCGGAGCAUGUGUCCAGGACACGUCCUCCCUUUGAGGAGACAAGCGGCUCUUCCUCCGUGCAAUCGGCCCCCAGCACAGCCUCCCCGUCCCCAGUUGCUCCUACAACACGAGAGAGCGCGUCCUCCCCUCCUCCUCUCGUCACCUCCGUCUGGACCUCUGGCCUGCUGCCGGCCACUGACGCCUUGGGCACAAGCGUGGAUCCCGGAGCCCGUUCCACUGCACAUGUGAGCGAGAGCACAGCGCGGAGCCUGGACUCCUCUGCAGCCUCCACAGGCACAGAGGCAUUUCACCUUCCCGGACACACAGCUGAGACCAGCGCGAGGACCACCCGCUCAGGACAGGAAACACCUUCCUCUGUGCCAGGUGAGUCAGCGCCCCCCGAAGUGACUUCUCCAAUGGCGACCCCUUCCGUCACGAGGGAAAGCAGAGUUUCCGCAGCAGUGCCCGGCUCUUCGGAAACCACUUGGUCUGAGGCAGAGUCAGCAUCCUCCACGAGCCCCGGCCUGAGGGAGGCCAAAACCUCCCAGCCCAUGAGCUCAGCCGCGGAGACAAUGCCCGUCUUUUCCCACGCGCCCACUGGUGAUGGUGCUACGGAGGUCUCCGGGACAGAAGGCAUGUCCUCCAGCGGGACAGUCUCCUCUGGCCCGGCUCAGUCCACCAUGACACCAGACAUCUCCACAGGCAUGCCGGGGCUCUCGUCCUCCCCAGUCAUGACAGUAGCCGCCGAAGGGACCCUCACCACGCCAAGUGGUCACCCUGGGGCUACGUCGCCGGGCACAACUGCCUUGGACACCUGGACCACCGCCUCCAGCCCAGGGACUCAAGGGGCUGCCACUCAAGGUUUCACACACUCACCGGUGACGACUCCCGGGAGCAGAGGCCCGGAGCAUGUGUCCAGGACACGUCCUCCCUUUGAGGAGACAAGCAGCUCUUCCUCCGUGCAAUCGGCCCCCAGCACAGCCUCCCCGUCCCCAGUUGCUCCUACAACACGAGAGAGCGCGUCCUCCCCUCCUCCUCUCGUCACCUCCGUCUGGACCUCUGGCCUGCUGCCGGCCACUGACGCCUUGGGCACAAGCGUGGAUCCCGGAGCCCGUUCCACUGCACAUGUGAGCGAGAGCACAGCGCGGAGCCUGGACUCCUCUGCAGCCUCCACAGGCACAGAGGCAGUUCACCUUCCCGGACACACAGCUGAGACCAGCGCGGGGACCACCAGGUCAGGACAGGAAACACCUUCCUCUGUGCCAGGUGAGUCAGCGCCCCCCGAAGUGACUUCUCCAGUGGCGACCCCUUCCGUCACGAGGGAAAGCAGAGUUUCCGCAGCAGUGCCCGGCUCUUCGGAAACCACUUGGUCUGAGGCAGAGUCAGCAUCCUCCACGAGCCCCGGCCUGAGGGAGGCCAGCACCUCCCAGCCCAUGAGCUCAGCCGCGGAGACAAUGCCCGUCUCUUCCCACGCGCCCACUCGUGAUGGUGCCACGGAGGUCUCCGGGACAGAAGGCAUGUCCUCCAGCGGGACAGUCUCCUCUGUCCCGGCUCAGUCCACCAUGACACCAGACAUCUCCACAGGCAUGCCGGGGCUCUCGACCUCCCCAGUCAUGACAGGAGCCGCCGAAGGGACCCUCACCACGCCAAGUGGUCACCCUGGGGCUACGUCGCCGGGCACAACUGCCUUGGACACCUGGACCACCGCCUCCAGCCCAGGGACUCACGGGGCUGCCACUCAAGGUUUCACACACUCACCGGUGACGACUCCCGGGAGCAGGGGCCCGGAGCAUGUGUCCAGGACACGUCCUCCCUUUGAGGAGACAAGCAGCUCUUCCUCCGUGCAAUCGGCCCCCAGCACAGCCUCCCCGUCCCCAGUUGCUCCUACAACACGAGAGAGCGCGUCCUCCCCUCCUCCUCUCGUCACCUCCGUCUGGACCUCUGGCCUGCUGCCGGCCACUGACGCCUUGGGCACAAGCGUGGAUCCCGGAGCCCGUUCCACUGCACAUGUGAGCGAGAGCACAGCGCGGAGCCUGGACUCCUCUGCAGCCUCCACAGGCACAGAGGCAGUUCACCUUCCCGGACACACAGCUGAGACCAGCGCGGGGACCACCCGGUCAGGACAGGAAACACCUUCCUCUGUGCCAGGUGAGUCAGCGCCCCCCGAAGUGACUUCUCCAGUGGCGACCCCUUCCGUCACGAGGGAAAGCAGAGUUUCCGCAGCAGUGCCCGGCUCUUCGGAAACCACUUGGUCUGAGGCAGAGUCAGCAUCCUCCACGAGCCCUGGCCUGAGGGAGGCCAGCACCUCCCAGCCCAUGAGCUCAGCCGCGGAGACAAUGCCCGUCUCUUCCCACGCGCCCACUGGUGAUGGUGCUACGGAGGUCUCCGGGACAGAAGGCAUGUCCUCCAGCGGGACAGUCUCCUCUGGCCCGUCUCAGUCCACCAUGACACCAGACCUCUCCACAGGCAUGCCGGGGCUCUCGUCCUCCCCAGUCAUGACAGGAGCCGCCGAAGGGACCCUCACCACGCCAAGUGGUCACCCUGGGGCUACGUCGCCGGGCACAACUGCCUUGGACACCUGGACCACCGCCUCCAGCCCAGGGACUCACGGGGCUGCCACUCAAGGUUUCACACACUCACCGGUGACGACUCCCGGGAGCAGAGGCCCGGAGCAUGUGUCCAGGACACGUCCUCCCUUUGAGGAGACAAGCAGCUCUUCCUCCGUGCAAUCGGCCCCCAGCACAGCCUCCCCGUCCCCAGUUGCUCCUACAACACGUGAGAGCGCGUCCUCCCCUCCUCCUCUCGUCACCUUCGUCUGGACCUCUGGCCUGCUGCCGGCCACUGACGCCUUGGGCACAAGCGUGGAUCCCGGAGCCCGUUCCCCUGCACAUGUGAGCGAGAGCACAGCGCGGAGCCUGGACUCCUCUGCAGCCUCCACAGGCACAGAGGCAGUUCACCUUCCCGGACACACAGCUGAGACCAGCGCGGGGACCACCAGGUCAGGACAGGAAACACCUUCCUCUGUGCCAGGUGAGUCAGCGCCCCCCGAAGUGACUUCUCCAGUGGCGACCCCUUCCGUCACGAGGGAAAGCAGAGUUUCCGCAGCAGUGCCCGGCUCUUCGGAAACCACUUGGUCUGAGGCAGAGUCAGCAUCCUCCACGAGCCCCGGCCUGAGGGAGGCCAGCACCUCCCAGCCCAUGAGCUCAGCCGCGGAGACAAUGCCCGUCUCUUCCCACGCGCCCACUCGUGAUGGUGCCACGGAGGUCUCCGGGACAGAAGGCAUGUCCUCCAGCGGGACAGUCUCCUCUGGCCCGUCUCAGUCCACCAUGACACCAGACAUCUCCACAGGCAUGCCGGGGCUCUCGUCCUCCCCAGUCAUGACAGGAGCCGCCGAAGGGACCCUCACCACGCCAAGUGGUCACCCUGGGGCUACGUCGCCGGGCACAACUGCCUUGGACACCUGGACCACCGCCUCCAGCCCAGGGACUCACGGGGCUGCCACUCAAGAUACAAGAGUCCCUUUGAUCACCCAUCCUGCACAUACCAGCCCAAUUUUGCCCCAAACAACUCCCAGUGUUUUCUAUACUGAAUCAGAUAGCACACCCUUGAUGGCCACCAGUCCUGGGACAGAAACUAGUUCAACUGUUCUAGCUACAACUGUCCAACCUGUUGUAUCAGAGGUGGUGACUUCACAGGCUACUAGUUCUGGGGCAGAGACCAGCACAACUUUUCCAAUUUUGACAAUUUCCCCAAAUCAACUGGAGACCACAGCCUCAUGGGUCACCCAUCCUUCAGAGACCAGCCCAAUUGUUUCCCAAACGACUUUCAAUUUUUCCCGUAGUGAAUUAGACAGCACAAUCUCAAUGGCCACCAUUCCUGGGGCAGAAUCCAGUUCAACUAUUCCAGCUAUAACUGUCCAACCUGUUGUACCAGAGGUGGUGACCUCACAGGCUACUAGUACUAGGGCAGAGACCAGCAUAGUUUUUCCAACUUUGACAAUUUCCCCAGAUCAACUGGAGAUCACACCCUCAUGGAUCACCCAUUAUGGGACAGAAGUCAGGUCAGCUGUUCCAACUCGGACUGAUUCCUCUGGUGAGCCACAUACAACAGUCUUAUUUGUCACCCAUCCUAAAGAGACCAGCCCAACAAUGUCCAAGACAACCCCCAGUGUUUCCCCUAGUGAAUCAGAAUCCACACUCACAGUGGCCACCGACUCUGGGACAGAAACCAGUUCAGCUCUUCCAACUCUGACUGUCUCUCCUAGUGUACCAGAUAAGGUGACCUCACAGGUCACUAUUUCUGAAACAGAUGACAGCACAGUUGUUCCAACUCUGACUCUUACUGCUGGUGAACCAGAGACUACAGCCUUAUUGGCCACCCACCCCAGUGCAGAGACAAGCAUAAAUUUUCUUGCUUCAACUAUUUUUCCUCAUUUACCAGAUACCACAGCCUCACUAUCCAUCCAACCUGGGAUGGACCUCAGCACAACUAUUUCAACUUCAACUCUUUUCCAUGGUUCAUCAGACACCACAAGCUUACUGGCCACCAGCCCUGCAUCUGAGACCAGUACAGGUCUUCCAACUCUGACUAUUUCCUCUGUUGUUCUUGGGCCUGCCAGUACCCCUGCAACCACAGGUGAGCCUUAUACUGUAGCUUUCUGGAGCACACUAACCUCUCCACCUGCAACCUCAGUUGGUCUUUCAGAAUUUUCUGACACUAUGACUGGGGGCACUGUGACCUUGACUGCAGCUGAAAGCAACCCAGGAGGAUUAAGUCCAACCACUAUCCUGAAAACUACAACUCUUGCAGCCACUAAGUCAGCUGCCACAGGUUCAGACCGCACUGUGGCUGAGACUACAGCCACUUUCAGUACACUGUCUGAAAGUUCCUUUGUCCCUGUGACCAUACCUGAGACGUCCACCGAGGCCUAUGUGAGUGUGACGUCAAGAACAAGCUUCAACCACAGAACUGCAGUUCCUUUCUUGAUGCCUUUUAUUGUCAACUUCACCAUCACUAACCUGCGUUACACAGAGGACAUGGGAAACCUGGGCUCUGAGAUAUUCAAUGCCACUGAAAGGAACCUGCAGCAACUGCUGGGGCCCUUGUUCAGGAACAGCAUCGGUUCCCUCUAUGCUGGGUGCAGAUUGACCUUGCUCAGGGCUGAAAAGGAGGGAGCAAGCACGACAGUGGGUGUGAUAUGCACCCACUACGCAGAUCCCACAGGCUUCAGGCUGGACAGAGAACAGCUGUACUGGGAGCUAAGCCGGCAGACCCAUGGUGUCACUCGGCUGGACCCCUACACCCUGGACAGCAAUAGUCUCUUCGUCAGUGAUGUGGGCCCAGCUCCAGUGCCUUUCACCCUCAAUUUCACCAUCACCAACAUGCUCUACACCCCAGACAUGAGGCUCCCGGGCUCUGCGAAGUUCAAUUCCACUGAGAGGGUUUUGAAUCACCUGCUUGGUCCUUUGUUCAAGAACACCAGCAUUGGCCCACUGUAUUCUGGCUGCCGACUGGCCCUGCUCAGGACUGAGAGAGAUGGGGCAUCAACUGGAGUGGACACCAUCUGCACCUACCGUCCUAACCCCAUAGGCCCUGGACUGGACAUAGAAGAGUUGUACCAGGAGCUGAGUCAGCUGACCCAUGGCGUCACCCUGCUGGGCACCUACACCCUGGAUAGAGACAGUCUCUAUGUCAAUGGUGUGAGCCCUUCUCUGGUGUCCUUCACCCUCAACUUCACCAUCACCAGCCUGCGCUACACAGAGGGCAUGGGGAACCCGGGAUCUGAGAUAUUCAACAGCAUGGAGAGAAUCUUGAAUCGCCUGCUCAAACCAUUGUUCCAGAACAGCAGUAUUGGGCCCUUCUAUUUUGGCUGCAGAUUGACCUUGCUCAGGCCUGAAAAAAAUGGAACAACCACUGGAAUUGAUACUGUCUGCACAUACCAUUCUGACUAUGUGGAUCCUAAGCUGGACAGAGAGCAGCUGUACUGGGAGAUGAGCCGUGGGACCCAUGGUGUUACCCAGCUGGGCUCCUUCACACUGGACAAGGACAGCCUCUACAUCAAUGGUUAUACCCAUAAGACCUCAGCCUCCACCCCCAGUGACCAUUUAUCUUCAGCUACCGUGAUCUCUACUCUCUUCCCAAGGACUUCGCUGGUACCAAUCCACUUCUUCAACUCCACAGCAGCUGUUUCUUUCCUGGUGCCAUUUACCCUCAACUUCACCAUCACCAACCUGCACUAUGAGGAGGACAUGCAGCGCCCGGGCUCCAGGAAAUUCAACACCACAGAGAGGAUCCUGCAGGGUCUGCUCAAAUCUGUGUUCAAGAAAAGCAGUCUGAGAUUACUCUAUGCAGGCUGCAGACUAGCCUCGCUCAGCUCUCAGAAGGAGGGGACAGCCACCAGAGUGGAUGUCAUCUGCACUCAUCACCCUGACCCUGAAGGUCCUGGACUAGACAGAGAGCAGCUGUACUGGGAGCUGAGACAGCUGACCCAUGGCAUCAACAUGCUGAGACCCUACACGCUGGACAGGGACAGUCUCUAUGUCAAUGGUUUCACCCAUCAGAGCUCCACACUCAUCACCAGCACUCCUGGGACAUCCACAGUUGAGCAAGAGAACUUUGGAACUCCACCUUCAUUCUCCAGCCCCACAGCUGCUGGCCCUGCCCUCAUGUCCUUCACUCUCAACUUUACCAUCACCAACCUGAACUACACAGAGGACAUGCAGCCAGGCUCUGCGAAGUUCAACUCCACAGAGUCAAUUCUACAAUAUCUGCUUGAGCCCUUGUUCACCAACAGCAGCAUUGGCUCACUCUACACUGGCUGCAGACUGACUACACUAAGGUGGGUCCUGUUUCCAUAUCUAUGUCCUUCUCUCCCCAGGCCUGAAAAGGGUGAAACAGCCACUGGAGUUGAUGCCAUCUGUACCUACCAUCCUGACCCUGCAGGCCCCGUGCUGGAUAGGGAGCAGCUCUACUGGGAGCUGAGCCACCAGACCCAUGGUGUCACCUGGCUUUAUCCCUACAUCCUAGAUAGGGAUCAUCUCUAUGUCAAUGGCAGUGAUUCAGGGUUUGAUAUCUUCCCUCUCAACUUUACUGCAGUCUCUGUCCUUGCCCUGGUGCCAUUCACCCUUAACUUCACCAUAACAAACCUGCACUACAUGAAGGACAUGCAACAUCCAAGCUCAGUAAAGUUCAACAAAAUAGAAAAGAUCCUGCAGCACCUGCUCAGACCCUUGUUUAAGAACACCAGUAUCAGCCUUCUCUAUUCCAGCUGUAGACUCACCUUGCUCAGGCCAGAAAGAGAUGGAGCAGCCACCAGUGUGGACACAGCUUGCAACUACCGUCCUGACCCUGCAGGCCCCAGGCUGGACAGAAAGCAGCUGUACAGGGAGCUGAGCCAGCUGACCCAAGGUGUCACCAAGUUGGGUCCCUACACCCUGGACCAGGACAGUCUCUAUGUCAAUGGUUACACACACCAGACUUCAGUGCCCACUACACCCACCCCAGGCCUGACUAAGUGUGGGCUCUCCUCUCCCUCCCCUGUUGCAGCCACAGGACCACCCCUGGUGCCUUUUACCCUCAACUUCACCAUCACUAACCUGCACUACACAGAUGACAUGUGGCCUCCAAGCUCCUUGAAAUUCAAUACCACCGAGAAGUCCCUGCAGCCCCUGCUCAAGGCCUUGUUCAAGAAUACUAGUGUGGGAACCCUCUACUCAGGCUGCAGGCUGACCCGCCUCAGGCCCAAGAAGAAAGGGACAGCCACUGGAGUGGACAUUGUCUGCACACACCGCCCUGACCCUGUGGUCCCCGGACUGGACAGGGAGCGGUUGUACUGGGAGCUGAGCCUGCUGACAGGUGGUUUCACCCACUUGGACCUCUACAUCCUAGACCAGAACAGUUUUUACGUCAACGGUUACACCUACCAAACCCAGACCACCACCCCUAGCACUGCGGAAGUCAGUGAGGAGCCUUUCACACUGAAUUUCACCAUCAACAACCUGCACUAUACAGCGGACAUGAGCCAUCGGGGCUCCCACAUGUUCAACAUCACAGACAUUGUCAUGCAGCAUCUGAUCAGCCCGUUGUUCAGGAACAGCAGCCUUGGUCCCCGAUAUACAGGUUGCAAGGUCACCUCGCUAAGGUCUGUGAAGAACGGCGCCAAGACAGGGGUGGACUUUCUCUGCACCUACCGCCAGCCCUCCAGCGGCCCAGGUCUGCCUGCCAAGCAGCUGUUCCAUGAGCUGAGCAGGCAAACCCUCGGCAUCACGAAGCUGGGCUCCUACUUUCUGGAUCAGGACAGCCUCUACCUCAAUGGUUAUAAUGAACGUGGUCCAGAUGAGCCUCCUACAACUCCUGAACCAGCCACUACAGUCCUGCCCACUUUGUCGUCAUCUGUGCAACCAGAAGCAACCACAGUUCUGUUGUACAACUUGGAGACCCUCACACUCAACUUUACCAUCUCCAACCUCCAGUAUUCAGUAGACAUGGGAAGUGGCUCAGCCAUAUUCAACUCUACUCAGAGUGUCCUGAAGGACCUGCUCAGAUCCUUGUUUAUGAAGAGCAGCCUGGGCCCCUACUACUCGGGUUGCAGACUGAUCUCCCUCAGGCCUGAGAAAGAUGGAGCAGCCACCAGGGUGGAUAUCAUCUGCACCUAUCACUCUGACCCCUUGAGCCCCGGGCUAGACAGAGAUCGACUUUACUGGGAGCUGAACCAGCUGACCCACAGUGUCACCCAGAUGGGUCGCUAUACCCUGGUCAGGGGCAGCCUCUUUGUCAAUGGCUAUGCCCCACAGGAUUUAUCUGUUCAGAGUGAGUACCAGCUAAAUUUCCGCAUCAUCAACUGGAACCUCAGCAACCCAGACCCCAUGUCCUCCGAGUACACCUCCCUGCUGAGGGACAUCCAGGACAAGGUCACCAAACUCUACAGAGGCAGCCAGCUAGGAGAUGCAUUCUACUCCUGCCUGGUUACUGACUUGAAGCUGGGCUCCGUGACAGUCACUAUUGAGGAACUGUUCUCCUCCAGUGUAGACCCCAGAAUGGUGAAACAAAUCUUUUUGGACAAGACCUUCAAUGCUUCAUCCCACUGGCUUGGUGCCACCUACCAUUUGGCAGAUAUUCAAGUGACAGAACUGGAGGCAUCAGUUCAUCUGCCAACAGACAAACCAACAAGCAGUCCCAGCCCUCAGCACCUCCAGCUGAAUUUCACUGUCACCAAUCUACUCUAUGUCCAGGACAUAGGCCUACUAGGCACCACCACAUACCAGCGGAACAAAAGAAGCAUGGAGAAUGCGCUCAACCAGCUCUUCCGAAACAGCAGCAUCAAGAAUUAUUUUUCUGACUGUCAAGUUAUAGCGUUCAGGUCUGUCCCGCACAGCAACCACACUAGGGUGGACUCCCUGUGCCACUUCUCACCAUUGGCACAGAAAAUGGACAGAGUUGCCAUCUAUGAGGAAUUCCUGCAGCUGACUCAGAAUGGCACCCACCUUCAGAACUUUACCCUGGACAGGAACAGUGUGCUAGUGGAUGGCUAUUCUCCAAGUAGACCUGAGACCCUGACUGGGAAUUCUGAUUUCCCCUUUUGGGCCAUCAUCCUCUUCUGCUUGGCGGGACUCUUGGUAAUCACCACGUGCCUGAUCUGCUGUUUCCUGGUCACCGUGUGCCUGCGGAAGAAGGAGGGAGAUUUUGAGAUUCAGCAGUGAUAUGACUGCAGCUGA